CUUUCCCAUUCCCGGACGGACAGCCACACUAAUUCCGUACGCCAUGUUGGUUGUGAAUGCCGUGGAUGAGAGUGGUGUUUUGGUGUAAGAGAAUCCGGUGUUUACACUAAAGGAGGGGGCUUUGUUCGGCCUGUUAUAACAGGCACCGAUACGGCAGCCGCACGGGAUACCCUGCUCUACAUUCGACCGCUGCCAAAAUUACCCCUUACAAAACUGACUCCCCAGGCUCUGGUUCUGGCUUUUGGAUCCUCCCUGCCUCUUCACUUGAGCGGGAGGAGGUUAAAGUUGCCGAUAAUUUCUCUCCCCCCGACCCGUCAGGCGGUGACCUGUUCCCCCGCUUGGCAGGCCGUGUUGGUGCGGGUAAAUGCCGGAGAUUUGCCUCACAAACGCGCGUGCCAGCGCAGGGGAGACACGUCCGACUGGUUCUGCCGUAUGAAUGCCGGGACGGGUCGCGUUGUCGGAUCCCAUUGUAGUGGGUUGCGUGACCCCGGCUUUCGCGGGCGGGCUUGCCUGCCAUGCAAAUUCUUUCCCCCGUGACAUCUCCACCGCGGCAGCGAGGAGGAAUAACCGCCGUAGCACUUCUAACACGAGACUGAGAGAAAUAUGACGACUCUGGCUAAAAACGCGAGAACCUGUGGACUAACCGGAGAACCGAGAGGUCGCAGACUCAUUUACUGACGUCCUCGUGUAGCCCCGCGGAUGAAUAGUCAUGGCGAACCCCCAGCUGGUCGCCGUCUUGCUGCAGGAAGUGGAAAGGUGAGUCGCCGGCGUUACGAACCCUAGAACGCCAGACUUCCUCACCUGUGGUCCCCCGGCCACACGACAUGUUCAAACGGAAGCACAAGGCACGGUUCUCGGACCUGUACGACACCAUGCCCGAGGAGACUCUGCCGUACAGCCGCACGGGGUCCCUCAAGAGAGUACUCAAGUCGUCGCUACGCAGAAAGCGACGAGAACUGGACAUUAGUCAGGAGGACCCCACCUAUAGUUGCGUGUACCUCGGGAAUGCUGCUACCUUACACGCUAAGGGGGAAGGGUCCACAGACCAGGCUGUUAAGACAAUAUGGACGAAAUCGAACAAGGGCAAAUCUGGCUCGAGAAUGAAACUGUCGAUAGGGAAUCAGGGGAUCACCCUGACCUACGCGGACAAAGACAACACGAAAGGUGGACAGCUGUACAUGUUGCACAGAAUAACGUACUGCGUGGCCGACAAGAAUGUGCCGAGAAUCUUCGCCUGGAUCUACAGACACGAAGUCAAACUGAAGGCGGUGAUGCUACGCUGCCACGCCGUGUACGUUAAGAAGGAGGAGACCGCUAAAGCCAUGGCCUUACUCUUGUACCAGACUUUCUCCACGAGUCUGGAGAACUAUAAGAGAGAGAAGAAGGAGAGCGAGCGGCAUCGGGAGAGGGCAGGUAUCCCUUGGCCCAUGUCGGUGCCCCGCCGAAAGCUGAUUAAAUCGACCGUGGAGUUCAAACCACCUGUAGAGCGGAGUCGGUCGGCGCCUAAGCUCGGCUGCAUCACCGAGGACGACGCCGAGGACGCGCACGAAGAGCAGGAGGCGCUGAAUCACUGCGAGCCGCCCGCCCAUAGACACUUCACCGAGACGAUAGAGGAGGAAGACGAGGAGGAGGAAGAGGAAGGGAACGGGAGAUAUCAGGACGCGGAGGGGGAAGGGGACAGCGGCAUCGUUAGUAACGGGGACGACGAAGAACUUCUCUCGCGCGGCGUCAUGGAGCUGGAUAUCGGCAAUAACGUGCACGACUUGCAAUCCGACCAGGCAGUAGCGACUCUCAUGUUCGGAGACGUGGGCCUAGAGGAGGAGGAACAGGACUAUGAGGAGGAGGAAACACGUUUGUAGCAGCAGGCCAAUUUGCAGUAUAAGUACAGGUUAUAUGUUGUUGUAUUGCUGUUGUCACAUAUUUGCUCACCUCCCCCAUACAGUAUUGUCGUCCGUUUUCUCCGCCAGCAACCGACUGUACACAAUGCCUUAAUUGUCUCUGAGGUCAGGGUCAACAUUUCCCACCACGUGUCCAUGGCGACGGCGUGUCGUCAAUCCCUCCAUUGCAAAAAUUCCAUGGAGAAUUUAUUUUUGUUCCCUCCUUGUCUGAAAAAAAAGUAGUUGGACAACAAUAGAGCCGUCAUAACAUAAGAGAAACAGAUGUGUCUUUCUACUGUGAAUUUGGCACGGCCGUUAAAUUUCAAAGGCAAUGUAAUUUAUUUUUAUACUGUUUUGUAGGUGACAUAUCAAGACCAAGGCAAGAUAGAUACAAAAAGCGCCUUAGAACGUCUAUACCUUAUACCAAUUCCCUAAUGACCAUGUCUAUCAUAUUUGCAUAGGACUUCGAAAAAGCCAUACAACGCUGUUGUAUAAACACAAACACCGUCCGGUCUUUCCGUAGUUUUGCCAAACACCGUGCCUUGAGUGUGCCCGGGAGAUUUUAACCUCCUUGCUUGUACAAAACAUCGCCUGACACCCUCCCUCAAGGGAAGGAUGUGUCAUGAAUACAGAUGAGGUGACCGCUGGCUAAGAAAAGAAUACAUAUUCCGUGCAUUUGUGUAACAGGACGCUGGGUCAAACGGAUCAUAGACUGUUAUGGUCGGUACAGGAGAGCCAAUAGCGACGGAGUUAGCUUCUGGUUCGGGCUUCUUGUCUGGAUUAAUUCCUGCUGUUUGUAGUCAUGUCAUUUGACCCCUUAAGGAUGCAUCUUAAUAUCGUUAUACACUGGAACAUCCUCUUAAGGGCAACUGGUAAAGAAGAAUUGUGUACAAGGGAAUGUCAAAAUUUGGCACAUAUUUUUCCUGUCAUCUAGUAUUGCAAUGCUCGGUUCUUGCCAUAUAGUUUAUUUUUCUUUGCUGCUUUUUUUAUCUUAUUCGGAGACACUUGGUAUUUUUGUCAUAACACACUCAAAGAGCCUUCAAUCCUUUCUAGCCUUCCUUUCAGAAAGAAGGAUAAGGCUACCGCUACAAACAGCAAUACACAGCUUAGACCAGAAGCCUGCCCCAAGGUUCAGAAAAUCUGCCAUAUGUGCCGGGGUUUUAUUAUGUUUUCACGUUGGUGCAAUGUUCUAACAUAUAUGAUGACAUAUUUAAAAAUAAGAUUUCUAGUUUGUAAGAGACAUUUAAAAUCUCUAAAAUUGUGAAACAAAAGGCAAUGCUAGGCGGAUGCAGAUACCUAUGUUUGUCUAUUUAUAUUGUGUCAUGUUGGAAGGAAGGAUUACACACGAGUGUGUAAUGCUUUAAACAUGAAUCAUACGGCACUUGUAGGCUAGUACAUUUUGGCUAAAGUGGGUGUACAAAUUGCACGCCUCCGAUUCAACCAACUGAGAAAAAAUGUAGGCCAUGUUUGUAACACUGUAUCCACUCCUGUGCAGCCUUUUGUCUCGGUGCAUUUAACCGUAGGUACGAAACCAAAUACAAACAGGCACAUGGUUUACCCAGAUCACAUUUCACAUGUUUUUCUGAACACUAUUGUCGCUGCUGCUGUGCAUUAAAUGGGGUUUUCCUGUAGUCAGGUGCCAGUAUUACUGCCCUUAAUGUGUAGAGCUGGGGAGAAUUAUGUAAAAUUAUAUAUUGGUUGUCAUAUGACCGUUAUAUAUUUGUAUAUUUACGCUUGGUGAGCUUAUGUAUAACUUAAGGUGGUGCUUAUUCAACUUGCUUUAUAUAAUAGAGAAUUUGUCCUCGGCCAAUUGAAUUAUCUCUUUGUAAUAUUUUAAAGAUAUGUACUUAAAUUGGUCUGCUAGUACUUUGCCCAUAUCGCUAUGCACAUAACAAACACUUAAAAGCGAUAGGAACACACUGCGUUGCUUUGAGUAGAGGGGAUAUAUUGGUGUAAUUUUUCCUGUCGAGUAUCGAAUGUUAUUUAUACAACCAGUUGUAAACAAUACAGUUGAGACAACGUUACAAAUUAAAUCGUAUACAUUAGUUAUGACCACCUCCAUGUUAUGACACAGGACAUUAUUUUAAAAUCUGGGUCUAUUACGUAAUAAGCAGUGUUCUUGUUCUCUAAACCAAGUCUUGUCAGAUUGUUGAAGGAUAUUAUAAUAUAUGGCUUGAAAGAAUACUUAGUCCGCCAUUUUGUUUCUGGAAUGUUAUUACAUGUAUUGAGCGCCCGCAGGCAUGGAUGCCUCGGUCGAUGGCCUGCCUUCGACCCAAAACUAAACUCAUUAAUACAGGACACUUUGUCAUAAGGAAAGGCCACUUUGUCAUUUGUAAAAAUUGGAAAACGCCCCAGUAAUAACACGGAAAGCUGCAAUUGUCAAUAAGUGACGUGGUUUUGCUGGGAGAAUGUUGCAAUACGUCAAGGUAUGACACAAAUUCAGACCAAUACACGGCGGCGUUUGACAGCUUAAAUGCACAUGAUAGAUUGUUCUGAUAAAAGGACCGACCAAAAAUUGAUGGCAUUUUGAGGUAAAAACGUAAACAAAAUAAACUCUGAAACGAUCAAGAAAGAUAUUCUACACACAAACUUGACAGAAAAGGAGAAUAUGACAAAAGAACGGUCAAACAU